UAGAUAUACGGGAAUCGAAAGUACUGAUCCUAUUAAACAAAUAAAAUCGCUAUGCAGACAUUUAAACUUUGGACUAGUAAAUAAACCGAUUGUUUUAAAUUGUUGGAGUUUGUCCUUAGUGAUAUUAGGAAAUAUGUCAACGGAUAUUUAGAAAACGUGUCCAGGUUUAAUCCUAUGAAAUAUACAUGUAUUAUGUAUCAGGUAUAUACAUUUGAAAAGUCAGUUGUCUCGAAACUGACGUAAAGAAGAACGCAGUGACAUCACGUGUAGCACGUGCGUGCUGAACGCUUCCUUACUUCCGUUCGCCACCAUCUGCCUUCGACCAAAAUGGCCCACUUUGACAGCGACAGUUCGUCAUCGGAGGACCUUGACAUUGAUGAUAUAAGCGUCAGCGACUUGGCAAUGUCGGCAAACAGCGAUACCACAGACUUUGGCAGUAUUGCAGUCUCGGUGGUGAAAGCUGACAUUUGCAACCUACAAGUAAAGGUUGAUGUGGUCGUGAAUACCUGCCCUGGCAGUCUCGACCUCACCUCCUCGGCGACAUCAAAGGCUCUGCUGACUCGAGGCGGACCCACCAUUGCGCAGGAGUUGCUGGGAAAAGGACCAAUUACUGAGGGGGCUAUUGUCGUCACUUCCGGUGGAAAUCUGACGUGCAAAAAGAUAUACCACACCACUCUGAAAAGCAGACGACACAACCACGCGCAGGGCGUGAAAACUCUAAUGAACGCCUGUCUGACGCAAGCGGAGUCCUCGCGCUAUACGUCGAUAGCAUUUCCGGCUCUGGGGACCGGAAACCUGAAGUACCCAAAGCAGGUGGUAGCCAGCGCCAUGUUCGGAGCCAUAGAGGCGUAUAACAAUAAGCACACAGGAACAUGCAUCCGCUCCGUGUUCUUUGUUAUCUUCCCUACGAACACGGAUGUUUACAGCGCGUUCACAUGUGCCUCUAAGAAAGAAGAUACGUCACCACGGGAAGCAAAAUCGGGUACCGUAUUGGGGGUUACAAUCAAGGUCAACGUCGGCUCCUUAGUAGAACAAACUGCUGACGCAAUCAUGACGACAACAACCCGCGCCCUUGACCUCAACAACGGUAACCUCUGUAAGUCGGUGCUGGCUGAAGGCGGACCGGGACUUCAGACCGAGUGCAAGGCGAAGUACCCGAAUGGUUUGAAGCACGGGGACAUCGCUGUCAUAAGCGCGGGAAAAUUGAACACCUGCAAAUACGUAUAUUGCGGGGCGAUCCCCAGAUUCGACCGGAACGAACCUGGAAUAGGAAAUCCAGAGGAUCUCUAUAAGCAGGUGAUAACAUCAUGUCUGCAGCAGGCGGCGAAGGACGGUCUUACGUCGAUAUGCUUCCCCGCCCUGGGCACGGGCCGCUUGAAGUACCCGCCCUUCCACGCCGCCCGUUACACACUGACCGCCAUCUCGGCGUUCCUGUCGGACAACCCGAACACAUCUAUACAGACCGUCAUUAUCGCUGUCCAUAAUACGUCUGACGUCGUGAGGAGCACGCUUGGGGCAUACGAAAGUGAGCUAAAACGCUUAACUGGACGCACCCCUUCCGUACAAUCUAUGGCGUCCAUGGGGGAGGCCCCGGAUCGCAUGACCCCAGAGUUUUGCGCGUACAUGUACAAGGCCAACAUACUUCCACCGCCAUAUUGGACAAAGUUCAGAGACGACCAAAGUAUUAAGGAGUGGGCAAGUGAACAAGAACAAACAUUGGAGCUAGUGGAUGUAGAUGAGGACGAGUUUGAAGCCAUAGCAACCAUCGUGAACCAGUCUUGGAGAGCCGACAAACACACGCUUGGUCGCGACGCCGAAGGACUCGCCGUCUUGGGUUACACCGGUCUGGAUAUAACUGAGAUAAAGAGGGUGGAAAACCUAACCCUUUAUGAACAGUACGCUAAUAAACGGCAGCAGAUAUUUUGUGAAUCAGGAAAAGCGGGCUUAUACCCGGUCUUGGAAAAGGUGCCAGGUAUAAAAAAUGGUCAAUCGACCAUCAAAUCGCUUUUAAACGGCGAGUGGGCUGAUCGUCUUUACGCGGAAGUGAACGAGGAAUACUUCCUGCAUGGAACAAAGCCCGAGAACGUUGAGUCCGUCUAUACCCAGGGAUUGGAUCCGAGACUGGCAAACAAAGCAGUUCUCGGAGCGGCGGUGUACAUGGCUGAGAGUUCAACGAAAGCCGACCAAUAUGCUGACGCUAGAAACAGCCGCCAAACGACAGGCUUAACACUGUUUCUAGUGCGCGCCUGUCUAGGAAACAUCUGUCGUGUGACCAAGUGUCGUCAGAUGAGGCGGCCACCAUGCACGGAUUCCACUUGCAGCGUCGACGAAUGUACGCACGUGGAGCGAUAUGACAGCGUUGUUGAGGAAGAACAGUACAUCUUCAGGGAGUUUGUCGUAUAUGAUAGGACUCAGGUAUAUCCGGAAUAUGUGAUUACCUACGAUCGAGUGUACUACGAGACAUGUCAGCACGUUGACAGAUACGGCAGCGUCGUGAAAGAGGAACAGAGCAUUUUUACAGAAUUCGUGGUGAACGAUGGGUCUCAAGUAUAUAAUUUUUCUGUAGCCUGUGUGCGUUUGCUCGUGUUACUUUGGUUUGAACACUUGCUGCAUGGUAUCGGUCGCUGUAGGAAGCUGUAUUGUUUAUGUUUGUGUGUUGCCGACAUGCAGUCUGCAAUAGAGUGCGAGGCUUCGGUUACCAUUGGUAACAUCCGGGUGGCAAUCCUGAAGGCAGAUAUUGCAAACCUUCCGCAUGAGGUAGAUGUAAUAGUAACUACAGCGACAGAUCGUCUAGAUCACAGCAAAGCGGCCGCUUCGAAAGCUAUAGCUAUCAAAGCUGGACAAGCUGUCAAACGGGAAAUACAUAAUCAGAGACGAAGAUUGCCAUUGCCAGAAGGAGAACUGAUCGUGACCAGUGGGGGAAAUCUUGCGUGCAAGCAGCUGUACCAUGUGACACUCAAACCGAGAAAGAAAGAUCAUGCUAAGAUUAUCAAAGCAUUAAUAAGAAGAUGUUUGGAAGAAGCAAAUUUAUCAUCAGGUAAAUCAAUAGCCUUCCCCGCACUUGGAACUGGAAAUCUGAACUACCCCAAACGCGAUGUUGCACUUGCCAUGUUCGAAUCAGUGGAAGAAUAUAGCGUUGCAAACCCUAACAGUAGUGUCGGAUUUGUGUUCUUUGUAAUCUUUCACACGAACACAGAAGUCCUGACAGAGUUCACAGCUAUUUGCAAAGAACAAGUGGAUGCACAAACGAGACCGUUCAUUGAUGACCUUGCGUCGCUUCAAAAAGGAGGUGCUUGUUUUGAUGAAAAAGGAAAUAAUUUUGAAAAACUUCGGUCUGGAAACAAAAUAGUAGAAGUACAAAAGGUAACCUUGGUAGAUGACAAUGCGUCGUUUCAAGUGGGAGGUCGAUCUGCAACAGCGAAAGCAAAUCUAAAUCAAGAUAGCAAUCACGAUUUAUGUGAUGAAAAGUGGUUUUUUGGCAAUAUAUCGCGCAAGGAAGCUGAGGAAAAGCUUUCAGCGCAUCCAGAUGGCGUGUAUUUGGUUCGUGAAAGCGAGUCCGCACCUGGAUGUUACGCGAUUUCCGUUCGCGAAGAUGACGGAAGAAAACCACUAACUCCGUGUGUCAAACACUACAAGAUAGAGAGGAAUGAAAAUGACGUGUUCUUUAUCGCGAGGGAGCGCCCUUUCAAAUCCUUGCAAGAAUUGAUUAAAGACUGUAAAGAGUCGGGCGUACAUCGCAAAACCCUGGUAGCUCCUUGCCCGCGUACAUUAGAGCAGGAAGUAUACGGUACAUGGGAAAUAAAUGAAGAUGGAGAUUCGGCAUCGGGAAAACCUGAGACAGCGUUCCGUACACUGCCCCACAAACCAAUCAGACACAUUUCCGAGCAGUCAACUUACUCACGGGCGUCCAUUGAUGAACCCCCACAGCGCAUGACCCCCGAGUUUUGUUCGUCCAUGUACCAAGCAGAUAUACGCCCGCCGCCAUAUUGGACCAAGUUCACAUCUGAGAAAAGUGUCAAAGAGUGGAAUAUAAGCGGCAAAGGAAGAGAUCGUUUUGUGCUUGUACAAGUCGACGAGGAAACUUAUCAGUAUAUUGAAGGCAUUGUGCAGGACACCUGGCUAACCGAUUUGCACGGACAUGGUCGAGAUGCCGAAGGGCUGUAUGAUUUGGGGUAUAAUCGUAUUUCCAUCAAUGACAUACAAAGGGUGGAGAAUCUAACUCUGUACGAACAAUAUGCAAGCAGACGACAACUGAUGUUUUAUGAGUCCGGGAAAGCCGGUAUAUACCCUGAUCUAAGAAAUGCCCCGGGUUUAAAAGGUGGGUCAACGCACAUCAAAGACCUGCUGAACGAUGAGUGGACAAAACGUCUGUAUUCGGAAGUCAACGAGGAAUACCUUUUGCAUGGAACGAAGCCCGAGAACGUGGAGUCAGUAUAUACCCAGGGAUUGGACCCGAGACUUUCGAGGAAAGCGGCCCUUGGGCCCGCGGUAUACAUGGCUGAGAGUUCCACAAAAGCCGACCAAUAUACAGACUCUAUUGACGACCGUCAACAGACUGGACUGACAAUGUUCCUAGUGAGAGCCUGUCUGGGAAACAUCUGUGGUGUAACCCAGUGUCGCAAUAUGAGGCGACCACCUUGCACGGAUUCGUUGUGCAGUCUCGACGACUGUCAGCACGUGGACAGAUACGACAGCGUUGUGGCGGAGGAACAGUUUAUUUUCAGAGAAUUCGUUGUUUAUGAUAGGACUCAGGUCUAUCCUGAGUACGUGAUUAGUUAUGACAGGGAUUAAUCACUAGUGAGUUUAAGUUAUGUAAAGAAAUAUAAAACAUUUAUUUAUCUGUUUCUAUAUAUCGAAAUAGAGUAAUUAACGAUACCAAAGUAAAUCUUCCAAAACGCUUAAAUUGACUUAUUCACAGAUUGUUAAAAUGAUAGUGUUGCAAGUUUUUAUAAUACAUUAACAGAAUUAUAGAACGCUGUUCGUAAGGGAGAGACACUAAUGACAUAGGCUCGUAAUGAAAUACUUUUUCAUUCUUGAACAAUGAUCCUCUAAAAUUGAUACAAUUAUUUAGCAUUACAAACAAUUACAUAAUUGUUGUUUUGGUUUGAGUUUGUUACAACACGAGAAUCACUUACAUAAAGUAUACAAUGCAUGUUUACGAAUAAGAGUUAGGUAGUCGAGUGGUUAUAGCGAUAAUAUUUUAGUCCAAAGGGCGCUAGUUCGAGCAAAGAUGAGGACAACACAUUUUUUUCUUUCAUUAUUGUUUGUUUUUGCUUGAUGGAGCUUUUGAGCUACGAUGUUUAAAUAUUAUUUGAUGCUGUUAAUUACACAAUCAAAAAGUAUUCCUUUAAACAUUUUUAAAUGUAUAUCUUUGAACAGUUUUAAGAAGAACAAUCAGAACAAUAUUA